AUGGCGAGUGCAGACGUACAACAAGCACCGGCACAGGAUGCUGCUGCCGCACUACCAGACUACCUUACCAAUCCGGAUGCUGUUCUGGGGGACAAGAACGCCCGUUGGCGAUACGGCAGGGCCCCUGAUUACUCAAAGACAAGAAAGGUGUUCUCUGAGACGAAGCAAAUGACCCACGAAGCCGGAUCUCUCCCCGAACUCGUACAAAACCUCGUGAAGAACUGGGAGGUCGAAGCUUCUUUCAAACCCAAGAUAGACGACUGGCGUACAAUCGACCAUGAGAAGUACUCUUUUGCCAUCAAUGGCUCCAAGGCUGAGGGUGCAGAGGCCAUGCUGAAGGUCGGCACAUACAACGCCAUCAUCCCACCGAACGAAUACUACUCGCCCGAGUACUCCGACUUUGCCUCGUCGCACAAGACAUUCAAGCGUAUGAUGCCGACAUUUGCAUGGGAGGUGCUCGAGGUCUACAGUGGCCCACCAACCGUCAGUUUCCGGUGGCGCCACUGGGGUCAAAUGAAGAACGACUACGUCGGCUUCAAUAACAAGGGCGAGAAGGUUACAGCCAAGGCCCAUGGAGGCUCGAUAGACAUCCAGGGCGUCACUGUCGCGACAGUGAACGACAAGGUACAGUUGCAAUCCGUACGGACAUGGUUUGAUCCCAUGGAUAUGUUCCGUCAGAUUGCACCCGAUGGUGUGGUCAAGAAGGAGGAAGCGGCCAAGAACAUGUCGCCGGCCGAGGCACUCGAUGAAGCACAGGCUGGUGUGAAGGUCCCCGAGGAGCAGGAGUUGCCCGACCGUACGAUCCAGACGGAUGAGGAGGUUGCACAGACGAUUGCUGGUAUUGAUAAGAAGGAGGCUGAACAAGCAAAGGAGCCGAAAUCACAGGAACUGCCUGCUGAUCAUCCUGCGGUUUCGACGUCGUCGAACUCGGAGGGCGGAUGUCCAUUCAUGCCUGGAGGAUUCCGCACAGAAUGA